AUGGCGGACGGCGAGUCGUACAAGUCGUGGGCAUGGUGGCUGGACGCGCUGCAGGCGAUGAGGAGGGAAUACUCCAUCCCCAUGGACGCCAAAGAGGCGAGGGUACGUUCAGACGUAGACUUCGACAACGCGAGGAGGAAGGUGUGCAGAGCGAUGGCAGAGGAGGCGCGCAGGAAGGAUCAGCUGCUGGAGGAGGAGGAGGCGGUGCGUUGUUGGGCCAAGACGGGAGACCCCGAGGCGAAGGCGUACCGGGAGAGGCUGGACGGGGAGAAGCUGGAGAUGUACCAGAGGAUGUCCUCGGAGAGGGGCGGUUGGUCGACGACGCCCGACCGAGAGGCCUACUUCGCUGCUUGCUAUCGCCAUAAAUGGAGCUGGGCGCAUCGGAGAGGCGCAGGUAGCUCCUACGAGGACACCACGGGCAUCCCUGCCAUGCGCUUCACCGACGCUGAGCCAGCUUGGAACGCCCGUCCGACAGGGACUUUGCAGAUCUUUUCCUUCAAAGUCUCCGCAAUAGCAGAGGAGCUGCGGUGGCCACUGGAGGUGUAUGGCUUGAUCGCGAUAAGAGACCACCUAGACCGCAACCGCAAUAUUAUCUUUGCCCGCGCAAGGGAUAACUGCCAAACGAUCACAUCCAUGGAUCCAUACUUGACACUAGCAGGUCCAACUCGUGCUCCAGUGUUGUCUCAUGUGUCGGAUACUGGGCGAUUCGAGCUUGUGUUGAAAGUCAAGAGCGGCACUAAUGAAUCUGAAGAUAAAGAUUUAAGUCUCUUAGCUGCAAAGUUCAGAACAUUCAAUCCGAAUUAUUCACGUGUGAUUAAGGAGGUUGCAACUAGCAAGCUAUCAAGAAUAGAGUGGGCAUUCGCCCUUCUCGCUAAAUCAGUGGAGGCUACAAUCAAUAUACAAGUUAUUCGUGGUUCUUGGCCAGAUGGUUGUCGAGGUAUAUUCAGUGCAAGCACAGUUAGUCUAGAUGGCAGGAAAGUCCCCCUUCUCUCUCUUGAAGAUGGCAACUUGCCACUUACCACUGAUGGUAUGAUCAAUCUUUCACGCAAUGUUGCUUGCGUAGAAAUCAAUGGAAGGCUGAAAAUUUCUGCGGCAACAGAAUACACAAACGGGGAACAAGUUAAUGCAGAAGAUGAAACUAUUUUCAGGCCUAGGAAAUUUGGUAGGAGUUGUGCUAUCCUUAUGGUUCACUCAUGUGAGAUGAAAGUCAUUGUUGCAUGGUCAGUUGUUACUACAAGUUAG